UUUAGUAAACGAAAACGAAAGUGUUAAUUCCAUUUAAGGCUCAUUAGCAACAACAAUAUGCAUUAGUUAUAGCCAAUAUAGUUGGUUCUCCAGUCGUUUCUGAUUCUUUGGGGUAAGUACAGCGGAUUGCUUAUGCAAAUUGACUUUGACAUACAAUUUAGUGUCUAAAUAUUUUGUGGUUGACUUGCCUCGAGUUGAGUAAUUCACACAUUGCUUAGGCCAGAGCUUAGAGUUGAAGUUGAAGGUGCUGGGGGCGGCACAAUGGGCGAGCAUUGUGCGUGGAUCGGAGUUCCGGUGAGUAUAAAUAUCAGGCGAGCGGUCAACAGAGUUCAACAGUCAGCCAAGUGGUGUGUCCAAGUGAAGAGCCCAAGACUUAAUCCCAACGAACAACAAGGAAUAAACUCAAGAUGCGCAACUCUGCAACAGCUUUGGGACUGCUUCUGGUAGUUGCGCUUGGAGCGCCUGGCGAGGCCACCUUGGGCAAGUUGGGUCUGCUGCUCGGCGGCGGCGCUGGCGCUGUGGGCGGAGGCAUAGGCGUGGGCGGUGGCGCCUAUCCCAUUCCCUACUCAGCGGCUGGAUAUGGUGGCGGCUAUGGAGGCGGCUAUGGCUAUGGCGGCGGCUACGGCUACGGCAACGAGAAUGUGGUGAAGGUCAUCAAGGUGUCGGUGCUGCCAGGUGGCGGCCUGGGAGGCGGCUAUGGAGGUGGCUAUGGAGCUGGCUAUGGCGGCGGCAUUGUUGGCGGCUAUGGAGCUGGCUAUGGCAGCGGCGGCUUUGUGGGCGCCGCACCCGCAAUCUCCACCUCCGCCGUUGUUACACCGGUGGUCACCUCAGUGUCCACGCCUGUUCUGGCUGGCGGUGCUGGCUACUUGGGCGGCAUCGGUGGCGGCAUUGGUGGCGGCGCUGGCUACUUGGGCGGACUUGGUGGCGGCUUUGCCGCUGGCGGUGCAGCGCUGCCCGCUUCAUACGGCUUUGGCGCUGGUUAUGGAGCUGGUGGCGGCUUUGGCUUGGGAUUCGGCGCUCCCGCUGGCCUGGGUGGCGCUGGCUGGUGCUAGACUAGCUAA